AACAGUACAGAGUACGAAGUCAAUAGAUAAAAGGCUUUUGGAUUCACAUCUAUAUACAAAGUUACAUACCCAUUUGCCAAAAGGUUCCAUCUUUGAUGGCAAGAAUGGGAGCUAGCAAACCAAGAUCACCAUACCCUCUUUCCUCCAUUAUCUUGCUCUUUCUCACUCUGUCAAGUGUGUUCCUUCACCCAACAAGGUGUGGUUUUGCAACCGCACAACAGCAGCAACCUAUCAAAACCGUUGUUGUUUUGGUUAUGGAGAAUCGUUCCUUUGAUCACAUGCUGGGUUGGAUGAAAAAAGCCAUCAACCCAUUAAUCAAUGGGGUCACAGGAGAUGAAUGCAACCCGGUUUCUACUAAAAAUCCAAGGAAAGAUUCAAUUUGCUUCAGUGAUGAUGCGGAGUUCGUGGAUCCGGAUCCAGGGCAUUCAUUUGAAGAUGUGUUACAACAGGUAUUCGGUUCUGGUUCCGGUUCCAUUCCUUCCAUGGAUGGGUUUGUAGAACAAGCAUUGUCCAUGUCUCAGAACCUCUCUGAGACAGUGAUGAAAGGGUUUAAACCCGAAUCUGUGCCUGUUUAUGCCGCUUUGGUUCAAGAAUUUGCGGUUUUUGAUAGGUGGUUUUCUUCAAUUCCUGGUCCAACACAACCCAAUAGGCUUUUUGUCUACUCUGCAACUUCUCAUGGUUCAACAAGUCAUGUCAAGAAGCAAUUAGCAAAAGGGUAUCCACAAAAAACAAUUUUUGACUCUCUGCAUGAGAAUGGCUUAGACUUUGGAAUUUAUUUUCAGAACAUACCCACAACUCUGUUCUAUAGAAAUCUAAGGAAGUUGAAAUACAUAUUCAAAUUCCAUCAGUAUGAUUUGAAGUUCAAGAAAGAUGCUAGAGAUGGGAAGCUUCCACCCUUGACUGUGAUUGAGCCUAGGUACUUUGACUUGAAGGGCUUGCCCGCGAAUGAUGACCACCCAUCUCAUGAUGUUGCAAAUGGACAAAUGCUGGUUAAGGAGGUUUAUGAGGCUCUAAGAGCAAGCCCUCAAUGGAAUGAAUCUCUUCUGGUCAUUACAUAUGAUGAACAUGGUGGAUUUUUUGAUCAUGUGGAGACUCCUUUUGUCAACAUUCCUAGUCCAGAUGGGAAUACAGGACCUGCUCCUUAUUUCUUUAAGUUUGAUAGAUUAGGCGUUCGGGUGCCAACUAUUAUGAUCUCUCCUUGGAUUAAGAAAGGGAUUGUGAUGAGUGGCGCCAAAGGACCUGCUGAAAACUCCGAAUAUGAGCACUCUUCUAUUCCUGCCACCAUAAAGAAGAUGUUCAACCUUUCCUCUAAUUUUUUGACUCACAGAGAUGCAUGGGCUGGGACAUUUGAGCAUGUUGUUGGUGACUUAAGUUCCCCCAGAACCGAUUGCCCAGUGACUUUGCCGGAUGUGACACCUCUAAGGAGCAGUGAAGCAAAAGAGGAUGCUGCUUUAUCUGAGUUUCAGAGUGAGGUAGUUCAAUUGGCAGCUGUUCUCAAUGGGGACCAUUUUUUGAGCAGUUUUCCAGAUGAAAUGAGCAAGAAGAUGAAUGUAAAGGAAGCUCAUGAGUAUGUGCGUGGAGCUGUUUCAAGAUUCAUAAGAGCUAGCAAAGAGGCUAUCAAGUUAGGAGCGGAUGAGUCUGCUAUUGUGGAUAUGAGAUCAUCUCUCACUACUAGAUCUUCGAUUCACAAUUAAUAUAAAAUAAAACCCAAAAAAUAAAAAAAAG